AUGGCUGCGUUUGAGUUCCCUACGAUUGAUUUACGUUCCUUCAGAGUGGACAACUUUGCAGCAUCAAUUCUGCCAGAAGAUGCACCGUCUGGCUACCUACCAGUAAUGGUGAAACGAUGGGAAUUGCCUCUUUUGUUUGUGUUCAGUGCAUUAGCAUUAUAUAAUAGUACAAUUAUGCAAACAGUGAAAGAGUGCCAAGUGGCGUUUUUGGCACCUACGGAAGCCGAUCUGGAAGACGCCAAAACGUGCUUGAACGGCAUCGGCCCAAAGCCUAAGCUAGCGAAAGCAUUGCUCAGGAUCAAUGUCAACGUCGUAAUGCCAGAAUCUGUCGGUUAUGCUGGUGUGUUCACAAGAUUGACGUUGACGUCGGCAUCAGACGUUGAUGUGAACGUCAGCGUCAAUAUUGUGAACCAGAUUACCAAGAUUCGAUUGGGACUUCAAGAUUUUGUCAAUAGGUUUCACUAUGGAGGACUUCAAAAAGGCGAUGGAUUUAUGAACUGUGAUGAUCCUAGUAACUCGACACCUUCUGAUAAGCAUCAUAUUCAAUAUAGAUCAUGGGCAGAGCUGCUGCACGAAUACAUGUUUUCUUCUGCAGGUUGUAAAGUUUUAUGUGAAGACACUCAGGCCAGUUCAGCAUCUCCACUGCGUCCUCAUACAAGAGCAACACAGCUAUUUAUACCUGACACAGAACCUAUAGAGUCUCCUGAUGAAGUGCAAGUACCUACCGCAAGCCUAGAAGUGCAGAGCAAUUUUUAUGGAUUUACGUACAAGGACAUUGAGAAGGAUGAGAAUCUUGCAAAAUCAAGAGAGCAAGAAUCCAUGGAUCCAUCACAGAAAUUAAACUUUAAUGAUUCGGGUAGUAGUGGUUUGGUAUGUGCAGUUGGAGACAGCCCAUCAACCGAUUUAGUUUCACAUCCACCUCAAGAACUAGCAGUGACACAGACACCCACAACUUCAAGGAUGCCAGAAGCAUCAGUUAAAUCAAAACGUAAGUUGCUUGACAGGAAUCAGCUUCUUCCCUUUGAUGGCCAAGAAAAACCAGAAUGGACAGAUAUCCAAAAGCUCAGCAAGAAGUCUAAGAGGAAUCAAAGCAGUGUCAAGAUUGAGUCAAAACCAAAGCGUCCGAAGAAAUGUAAAGAAGUGGUUGAUGGUGAGGGACAAUGUGAUGUUGUUCUUGAAUGUGAUGAAAAUGAGAGUCAACAGUUGCUACGUAAGAAAGACAGGAAUAGUCUAAACCUGUUUGAAGCUCCCAAGAAAUGGCGUCAAGCUAAUGGACUUAAUCAUAGACCUGUCUUAAAAUCUUCAAGUAAGAAGAAAGGAAGAAAAUCAGGGGAAGUCACACAGGCAACAAACGGAUCGAAUAAAGCACUAAAGUCAACAAGGAGUCUAGUCAUGACAAGUGUAUCAAGCAAAGACCGUGAGCUUGUUGUGUCCGUUGCACAAGAGCUUGGCGGAUUUACUGUGGACAGUUGCGUGUCGGAGUCAACCACACAUGUAGUAUUCACUCAGCCGAGACGAACUUUAAACGUUCUGAUGGGUAUCGCUCGAGGCUGCUGGCUUGUAUCAAUUGAUUGGGUAUAUAAAUCAGUGGAAACCGGUUGUUGGGUCGAGGAAAAGUCAUACGAGCUGGAUGGUGCAUUUCCAGCCGCCAAGGUUUCAAGAGAAAAGAGGUUCGCUUCCAGUGGGCCGUACAACUCUCAAAUCUUUGCAUCGUGCCCACCCAUCUUCAUCAGUGAGGAUGCCAAUCCACCAGUCGAGCAUCUCUCCCAGCUCGUUGCUUUAUGUGGUGGCAAGCUAACGUUGUCGAGGAGGAGGGAGAACGUUCUGUGUGUGGGCAAACUUGCAAGCCGUGGGGGUGUUUGGCUGUCAGAGCAAUGGAUAAUGGAUUGCAUUGCGCAAGGCCGCCUGAUGCCCGUAACAGAGUAUGGACUGAGGGACAGCACCAAGUGAAUGUGUGAAUAUCAGUAACGCUUACAAAACUACAUAAAUUCAGGAGAACAAUAAACAUGAGUGUUUACCUCACGAUAAGGGUGUCGGGUGUCAUUCCCUGUAGGCGUAGCAAAUCUCUAGUGGGCGGGGCCGAAGGACAUUGGACGAUACUUCGCU